AUGGCGUCUUCAAGCGUUCGAGACUCUACUGUGUCGACAGCUGCCCCCACCUCUGCCGCAAAGCCCACCCUUAAGAAGAAGGGUAGUAACAAUUCCCUACAUACAGCUUCUUCCACAAGCAGCUUUAAGAGCACUGGUUCCAGUCAAACUCAGGCCCAGCGUAAGGCUCAGCUUGCUAGUGAGCGCAGGAAGGAACAAGAGGACCGCCGAAAGGAGGAACAAAAACGUGAGAUGGAUCGCAAGCGAGCUCAGCAGCAGCAAGAAGAGGCUCGCCGACAGGAUAUGCGCAGCCGUGCUGAAACCGAACGAGAGCGCCGCGAGCCCUCGGCCCAGGAGGAUCCGGAGAAAGCCGCCCGUAUGCAGGCCAUUAGAAAUCGACAAAUGGAAAACGCUCGGAAGCACGAAAGGCAUGGCAGCCAGCAGACGAAAGAGGCUCCGGUUCUCCAACACGAGAAGCCAUCUUCUCAAUCUUCUCAGCGCGGUGACUUGGGUGCUUCUCGACCUCCCUCUCGCUUGGGUUCUAUGCAACCGUAUAGCAGCCGUAUCAACCCACCCGCCCCUAACCCUGCCAAACCUCUGAAGAGAGGCAUGGACGAAGAGGCCAAUCACAGACCUGCAGUCUCCAAGCCUGCCAACGUGCACUCGACCAGCGAAUCCAAGCGCAGAAAGACAGAGGAUGAGCAUAAUCCUAUUCAACCAGUGCGAGCACCCAUGCCGCCCCCUGUUCGUACCUCAAGUAUCAGAAAGCCCUCCAUCUUUGGACAUUCACAGUCAUCUAUGUCACACCAGUCCGGUUCUUCCUUCAAUAAUGCUCAACCCCAGCGACCUGCACACCCCAUGGGCUUGGCCAAGUACACAAGUGGGAAGAUUCCAUUUGCCGAACCUAAUCAUGCGCCGCCACCCGCGCCCAAAACCGCCCCUGGAUCUGCCCCUCGUGCACAAGCCAAGCCGUCUCCCAAGUACCCCAGUGGUGAGAGCAUCCAUUUACCAGAGAUUGCCACCGACAGCGAGGACGAAGACGACUCUGACUCUGAGAUGUUCCCCGUGCCUGAUUGGGCUCAACCCAAGCAUCUGGAGGGACUUCUUCGCCAACAAGAUGGUAUGGAAGUUGAUUCGAUCUUUGGACCGAUUGCACCAUUCUCCAUGGAGGACAACUUCAAGGGCGACAAGAAAAUCAAGAAAUAUCGCGAGCGUACCAGCAGUGCAAACUGGUCCGGCCCUGAUGGACUUACCCAGGAGGAAAUCCGGAAGGAUCUUGCCGAGCGACAGCGUCUGCGGCUCAACGGCGGCUGGCGUUUCAACAGCAGCACCUAG